CCGCGUCGAGCUCGCUGCUCAUAAGUACUUUUCAUUCGCCCAGCACUUCGGGCAAGGCAGCAAAGGGCGCUAUGCCUGGAUUCUUUUCUUCGUUCUUUCAGUGGCUGAGCGGACUGUUCUUCUCCAAGACCGCAGAUAUCACCGUAGUCGGAUUGCAGGCUUCUGGCAAGACAUCCUUCGUCAACGUGAUUACCUCCGGCCAGUGGAGCGAGGAUGUGGUACCUACCGUUGCCUUCAACUUCCGCAAAAUUCGGAAAGGCAACGUGACGAUGAAUGUAUGGGACGUUGCAGGUCAACCGAAGUUCAGGUCGAUGUGGGAACGGUACUGCAAUGGCGUGAAUGCUAUCGUGUUUGUAGUGGACUCAACCGACCACGGCAACUUCGAAACCGCGCGCUUCGAGUUGCAGCAGCUACUUGCGCAACCUAGUCUAUCAGGCGUCCCGUUGCUUGUCUUAGGGAACAAGAACGAUCUGGAUGGCCAUGCGUCGGUGAACGACAUUAUUCAAGCACUACAACUCAGCAAGAUACAGGAUAGGCCAGUAUCUUGCUAUUCGUGUUCCAUGAAAAGCCAGCACAACCUAGAUAUCGUUUUACAAUGGCUUGCCGGACGUAGCCACUGACGUCGCGCAUGCAUUGUUCCGAGGUACAUGUACAACAGUAAUUUCGCAUACAACAUCUUCCUCUUCCCAUGUACAUCUGUCUCUGCGAAUUUUUGUAAGUUCAUGUUCAGAUUGAAUUGGCGUGGAC